ACGAUAUGAAGAAGAUGAAAAAUAAUCUGGAAAACAUCGAACCUUUAACUGGAAUAGGUUUACAACAUUACAAUAUUCUUCUUCUUGGAGUGAUUGGAGCUGGAAAGUCCAGUUUUUACAACACAGUAGCAACUGUUUUCGAAAAUAAAGUUAAAGAUAUUGCCCCUACAGCUGAAGAACUGAGUAGUGUUACAAACGAGGUACAUGCCUAUGAUAUCUUGAAUGAAAAUGGAGAUAAAAUCAACAUCAAACUACUGGACAUUCGUGGGUAUGAAGAAGAACGAGGCUACGAGCAUGAGCUAGACUUAAUUCUGGAUGGAAAAAUAGCAGAUGGAUACGAGUUUCCUGACAAGUCUCCAGCACGUGAUGAUAUAAUUAUAACAAAUACCAAUCCUACGAUUAACGAUCAAGUUCAUCUAGUAUGCCUUAUAGUGGAUUCAACAAAAUUUAAAAUACAGUCCGACAAAAUGGUUGACCAGAUUGACACCAUAAAGAAGCUUAUCCGUCGGAGAGGACUUCCUUUAGUAGCUGUCGCAACAAAAUUUGAUCACCUUUGUCCGAAAAUAUCUGAGGAUGCUGAUCAUAUUUAUUUGAGUCCUAAAGCUAAAGAUGAGACUUCCGCAAUGUCUGAGACAUUUGGUAUUGAACUGAGACAUAUAUUUCCAAUUGUCAACUACAUAAAUGAUCACGAAGAAAUUACGCCAGGAAAAAAUAAACUUGUGAUUGAAGCUUUGCAUUCCAUGAUGCAAAUCACAAGGGAUCAUCUUUUCCACCACAGAGGAGCAUUGAGGGACGAGGAUAAUAGUUGGUCCAUGCGUGUUAAACGAUUACAAGUCUGCAGAUCGAACGAGCACAGAGAAAAUGAAAUAAAAGAUCUUUGUCAGGAGAUGUCUGACGAUAACACUCUGCGUGUUUUAUGUUAUGGUCCCGUGAACAGUGGGAAAUCGAGUUUCAUAGACUCCAUCAUGUCACUUUUAACAGGUAAAAUAGUUUCGAGGGCAACCGGUGGAUAUAGUAAGGCAAACAGCAACGGAACUUCGAAGACAGAAAAGUUCCAGAUGUAUCAAUUGAAAUUCAAAUCCGAACCUGGAAAGACAAACACAUCGAACGUAUUUUUCUGUGACAUGCCGGGAAUUCAGGAUAAGGAGGGAGUUAAACUUGAACAAGCAAAGCUGAUCGUGAAAGGCCAUGUUCCAAAUAAAUUCAAAAUACAAAAUAAAAGCAUCGACAAAGAUUCAAAGCAUUUCGUAAAGGAUGCAGGAUCAAUGUGCAAAAUUCAUUGCGUUUGCUUCUUGUUCGAUAUAUCCAAUAUUGAAACAUUGACAGAAACAUUUAAAGAGACUUGCAAACGCUUCCAAUGGUGGCUUUCAAAUAAAGAUAUUCCUUAUGUCGUUGUGGUGACAAAAGGCGAUCAAACAAGCACAGCAGUCAGAGAUAAUGCUCUUCAGAUAUACGAAAACAAGUUAAUUAGAGAAAACAAAGACAAACUUAUUGAAUAUUUUAGCUUCAAAGAAAGCAAAAUAUUCCCUGUUCGGAAUUAUGUCCAUGAAAAUCAAACUCUUCCCGAGAUCGAUGCUCUCUUGUUAGACGCGCUAAAAGAAAUCGUGAGCAUUGGAUACGAGUAUUUGGGAGAUAACAGUGGAGAUGAAAGUGUGGUUUCUGACAGCAGCACAGAUGAUGAAAGCAGCAGUGAUCAAGAAUAAGUUCUUGUUGAAAGCACAUACAGUAACUGUUAGAUAUAGGUAUUGAGGGGAGAACAUUAUCAUCUUUUGAAAUUAUAUUAUUUGUAUUAAUUGUUGUUGUUGUUUGCUUUAUUUUGUUGUUUGUUAUUUGUUUCCUUUAUUUAAAUUUUGUUUUACAUGCUUGCUUCAAAGAAUGAUUGUUGUUGUUUUUUAUUCGAAAAACUAUCUUAUUUCAUUUUUUAUUCGUGUUGAAAAGUUCAGUGCAGUGUCUUGAUAUUGCACACGACAAAAUUGAAAUAUUUUGGUUACUUUAACAUAAAGUAUUCGAGCUAUAUUAAUUCCGAUAAACAACUA